UUGAAAUGAAAGAAGGCAGGAAGCGAACUGAAGCGUGAAAGCUUUGGUGGCUUCAGUUCCCACUAAUUAAAUUUUACAGAGGGAAAUAACUUUAAUUUUUUAAAAAUCAUUGAUCGUACCAUCUCCAUUUCAUUUUCUUCCGACUACAUGUGAGUGCGCGUGUACACAUCUUCGUUCUUCUAUUGCAACUUUCAGGAGUCUCCAACCCUUGAACUUGAUUGUCAGGAGUGUCAGGAACUCGGCUGUCAUCCCCAGUUUUUGUGCUCUUGCACUGCAGCAAUGCCGGAAGGCCCCUCUGUAAAGAAGUUCCAGCUUUUGUGUUCUCCCUACAUAGGGAAGAUGGUAUCCAAGGUGGGAGGAAGCACUAGACAGAUUAAUCCAGACGAUUUGAAAACACUGACACUGUGGGAUAUCCAAGUCCAUGGGAAGAACUUAUUUUUGGCUUUUGGCACCAAAGAAAAAAUAAUGCCCAGCCAUGAUAGUGUAUCCUCGGAUUUGUCUGAACAAAAACUGGAAAUGCCUGGAAGCAGUUCCUUUCUCCAGGGCCAGAAAGAAAAUGAAGUUGAAAUGUACAAUCCUGAAUGCUAUCAACAAGAAGAGUCAGCAAGCCGGUUGGCAUCUGAUAUGGAUAUUAAUAAUGGGCAGAGUUGGAAAUGGCUCCGCUUCCACUUUGGUCUGUAUGGAAGCAUGCGAGCCAAUGAGUUUGCAAGGGCGAAUAAAGCAAACAAAAGAGGUGACUGGAGAGAUCCAAUUCCCAGGCUGGUUCUCCAUUUUGAUGCCGGGAGCUUUCUGGUAUUUUAUAACUGCCGCAUUCAGCAAUGCUCUUCUCCUAGCACUGAUCCAGCAACUGAUAUUCUGAGCCUGGAGUUUGAUCGAGAACAGGCUUUGGAGGUCCUUGCAAAAGAUACUCCUGUGUGCUACAUCCUCCUAAACCAAAGUUAUUUCUCAGGAAUAGGAAAUAUCAUUAAAAAUGAGAGCCUGUAUUUAGCAAGGAUCCAUCCACUGUCUCUUGGCUCCUCUUUGGAGUCCACAGAUCUCAAAUCUUUGCUUGAUCAUGUUGUCCAGUUCAGCCUGGCAUGGCUCCACAACAAGCUGGGAAGACAAAGAUUGCAGCUACAGAUUUACAUGAAAGAUAAAUGCCCCAAAGGGCAUGAGGUGAAGAAGGCAACAUUUGGACCACCAGAUGGAUUGAAAAGACUUACGUGGUGGUGUCCACAAUGCCAGCCUCGAGUGCCACCUGAAGAGAUGGAUAUGCCUCUUGAACAAGGCACCUGAUUUGUACUAUCUCUUUGGUUAUAUGAUUUCAAGAGAUAAUGUGGAAAUCAGAGAACAAGUUUCAACAAUAAGUUCAUGAACAAGAUUCAAAAGAGAACGUGCAAGCCCAGGUGUCCCUUAAAGGGAUUUAAGAUUUACAAUUUCAUACCAUGGGGAUUGAGCCAUCGCUUUCCACAGUCCAAGUAGCCGCUUAUGUAGUACCUGUAGAUUUAUGGUUAUUGAAAAUGAUUCAAGAUCUGCAAAUGCAGCAUGCAAGAUGAAGCUUGCUACCAAUGAUGAAAGCUGUUUGGAGGAAGAGGGAAUGGUUCCCGUCCACCUAUAAUGACAGGAAUGCUCUCUCUGUUUGGAGCAUGCUUGUCUUGGAUUUAUAGUCAAACAUUUUUUUUCAGAUUCUCAUUCCAAUAUUCUU